AUGUUUGACGACAAAUUUAUGGGUUUUGGAGGUUUUCAUCAUCACGGUGAUUUCAACAUACAGAGAGCCGAUUCCGAACGACCUUAUUCCGAUCGUCGUCUCCCUGAUGGGUUUUUACAGAAUCUCGACACAAACCCAUUUCUCAAAAACCAGAGCUACAACAAUAGCGAUAUGGUGGAUAAUGGUCUGGAUUUGUGUAAAAAGCUUAACAAAAUGGGUAUCUCCUGUGACAUGAGUAUCUGGAGCAGACCCGACCCGGUUGAUUUCGGGUCUAGAAGAACUCUCCAUGGGUUUUCUUCUGGAUUCGAUCGGAAUCUGUGUGGAGGAGGAGCUUCUAACAUUUCCUCUGGUUUUCUUCGAAAGAGCUCCUCUCAUGGACUUUCUCAGGGAGAGCUUAGAUUGCUUGGCUUUCAAGACUCUUUUAACCCCAACGGAUUUAGAGAGAUGAUGACUCAGAAGAAUCAAAGAGAUUUUCUCUUCGACCAUAUGAACCGACCCAUCAAGCGUUCUUCUCCUUGUAUUAGAGCCGUCUCUCUCGGCAACGACGCAUUUAUGGGCUCGUUGAUGUUUGAGGGAAAUAGGGUUUCUCGUGCCCUAAACACCAUGGAAGCUUCUUAUCCAGAGGUCUCUCUUGGGAAAGAUGCGUUGAUGUUUGAGGCAAAUAGGGUUUCUCGUGCUCUAGACGCCAUGGAAGGUCCUAAAGCUUGUUAUCCAGAGAAUAGAUUACCUUUGGAUCUAGCCUCCAUGGUUAACAUCUACGGAUCUGUGAACUUAAUGGCCAAAGACCAGAUUGGUUGCAGGGUUUUGCAGAAAUUGGUCGAUGAAAGAAAGAUUCUUGCUGCUAUAUUCUUUGAAACCAUUGACCAUGUCGUUGAACUUUCCAUGGAUCCUUUUGGGAAUUACAUCGUCCAAAAGCUGUUGCUUGUGUGUGACGAGGAACAAAGGACGCUGAUUAUGAGUGUGUUAACCUCAAAUCCAGUGGAGCUCAUCAAAAUCUGUCUCAACAAUUAUGGGACACGGGUUGUCCAGAAGAUGAUAGAAACGGUGAAAACAAAACAGCAGAUCGGGAUGAUAAAGUCAGGUCUUAAAUCGGAAUUUGUUGCUCUUGCUAAAGAUUUGAAUGGGUACCAUGUGAUUCAGACUUGCUUGGAUUCUCUUGGUCCUAACGACAAAAAGUUUGUCUUGGAAGCUGCUACGAAGUACUGUGCUGAGAUAGCAACUCAUCGCCACGGAUGUUUUGUGCUUCAAUGCUGCGUUUCAAACUCUCUUGGAGAGCAACGUGAGAGACUAGUCGAUGAGAUAUCAAGAAACUCACGUCACCUCUCUCAAGAUCCUUUCGGGAACUAUGUGGUGCAGUUUCUGAUAGAACAAAAAGUAUCUUCAGUGAAGUUACUGAUUCAGUUUAGAAUGCAUUACGCCGAGCUAGCGACUCAGAAAUUCAGUAGCCAUGUGAUGGAGAAAUGUCUUAGGCAAUAUCCUCAGAGUCGAGCUGAGAUUGUCCGGGAGCUUCUAUCUGUUCCAAACUUUGAACAUAUCUUGCAAGAUCCUUACGGAAACUACGUUAUCCAAACUGCUCUCUCUGUAACCAAGGGUCACGUUCGUGCGAGGUUGGUGGAGAAAGUGAGUAGGUUUGGGAUCCUAAAGUGGAGUCCUUAUUGCAAGAAGAUAUUCUCCAGGACCUUCUUGAAGAAGUGA